UCACGCUACACACACCAGCCUUCUCGCUGUCUCAACUUCACCUGCUCCUGCCUCCUCUCCCCACUUGCUCUUCUCUGCGGCACGAAGGUAGUCACACGCUGCACUCCGCCUUCUUGGACAAUCCUGGCCUUGCGUCGGCUUCGCUGUCUUAUGCGUGCGCUACGAAGCCUACUCGAUGUCGCCUUCUGCGAGCAUUCCGACGUCAUCGUCGUCAUCCUCACCGCCUUCGUUGCCUUCGUCGCCAUCGUCGCUUUCGUCGCCAUCAUCGCCAUCGUCACCGGGAUCGCGAUCGUCGCCUUCUUCAACGCACGGAGGCUUCCACCGUCGUCGUCGGCGCAUUCAGCGUGGGACCUGUGAACGUCAUCGUCGUGUUCUUCUGUCGUGGAGUGCGCAGCUCAUGAUCGUCAUCGUCACCGCCAUCGUCACCAUCAUCGCCAUAGUCGCUGCCUCUCCCGUCGUCACCGCCGUUGUCUUCGCCGCCGUUCCGGGCUGUCGUCGACAACGUCUAUCGGGCUGUCGUCGUCGCUCAUCAACAAUGUCGCCAUCUCAGUGGAGACGAUCUUUCAAAGCGCAAGGCACGUUUCGCCAACGCAACGGAGAUCUCGACUUCGUGGGUGAUCAAGCUUCAAGGGGAGGGCCUUCACACGGGGGGGAAGGCACGAGGGUGGGCAGGGCAGCAACAGAGGGGGCAUCACAUGCGGGGGAAGGGGCGAGGGCAGGCGGGGCAGCAGCGGGGGGGGCAUCACACGUGGGGGAAGGGGCGAAGGCAUGCGAUGUCACCGGAGCGGGGGAGGACGACGAGGCACUGGUCAACAGGUUGCGGCAGCGGAAUACCCAGGAUGGAAUGGAGGCGGCAUCGAAGCUGUGGGUGGAAGACCUCCGCUUCUGGAACGAUACGGAAGGAAUCGCCAUAGUGAAGUUGACACAGGAAGCGAGCCUGUAUCUUGUGGCGGUGGCGGGGGGAGUGCAGCCUCCUGUCAUUCGUCGAAGCAUCGUCUUGCCUCAUACGACCAUCCCGCAGCACAAAAUCGCGGACGAAUCGGAGUUGGAUGCUGCGAAGGAGAGGGCAGUGAAGGUGCAGGGGAUCACUUUGCGGGUGAUCCACGGGUGGGUCUUCAAGUCGGCGAGCAGGCAACGGGGCUACCAUGCGGCGUACCAGUACACAUUGAACCACGUGGCCACUAACAUCGCUCGCGCCAUGUGGAUGGGGGAGGACUGGCAUAUAUGUAUGAGCCCCAUGGUGAUCCACAUUACGUUGGACAUGGAUAUGAAGUUGCCACUGUGGUUCGUCGGUGCCGACAUCGAAGACAGGCACGAGAAUGACGACUUGGCGGCGUAUCAGGAGGCGAGCAUCCAGCGACUGGUGGGGGCUUUCACGAGCGCCGUGAGAAUGGCGGCAGGGAUCGACGGCAGGCGGGUAUUGUACGAAAGGUUGAAGAGUGUUGUCGACGCGAUGAGGAUCAUGCUCGAGGCGACCAUGUGGCUCAUGCGGAUGAGCGGGGACGACCAUCGCGCGCAUUACGACGCGUGGGUUUUCGUCAACUGACGACAAAGCCAACGCUCAUCGCAUUCAUCCAUCGCUCAUUUGAUGCGUGUCGCCAUAUCAUGCA